AAAGGUUGGAGAAUUCUUUGGUAGCAUUCUUCGGUGUCGCUUUCACGUGGUUUUUGGAUUUGUGACCCCACAAUCCGUGUAACCGUGUUCCUCACCAAAAGCCUUUGCAGACAUAACACACAGCAGAACAAGACCACAUUGCACACACCCUCCCUCAAACCGUCAAACGCUUCCAACAACAUUGGUUUACAACUCAGAGAAGCUGGGAAGGUGGACCGAGGGUAUUUUUGAGAUUUUCGAGAUUUCAAUUUCAUUUUGGGGUUGAUUGAUAGGUGCUGUGUCCUAAGACCACUGAAGAUUCUGAAAAACACUCUUGUACCAGCCAAAUUUCAACACACUAGAAAUUUUACCCAGAUAUAGAGGUUUUCAAUCUCAAGUGUUUUCCUUGGUUCUGGUGUGAUCGUAUUUUAUCCAUUUUGGGAUAGGGAAGAAACAGACAAGACAUAUGAUAUAUGAAUAUUAUUAGUGGAUUGGAUCGUUCUGUUGCUCAGGAACACUAGUUUUUGAUAUCUAGCGUGUGCAAUUAACAAGGUCUUUUCAGUGACCUUGGUUUUCCACUCUAAUAAUAUUGGUGUUAUUUGGUUGGUGAAGUUUGGUGACCGCAGCUUUGUUUCUUCGUCCUAAAAUUUUCAUUCUAAUAAAACACUGAUCUUUCUCUUUUUUUAUAUCAGUAGAAAAAAGAAGAGAAAAUUGUGAGGAGUUGUAUCAAGAUAUUCUUUGGAAUCUGAAAUUUCAAGUUUCAUUUGUUGUUGUUGUUGUGUGUGAUGUGAAAUUGUGAAUGUGAUGUGACAUGUGACAUGAGAGAGGUUCAAGGAACAGACACCAUUGUUUCAUUGAUUUGAUUGGAUUUGAAUUUGAUUGCAAGAGAUGUCAGCCGCGUCGCCUUCACCGGCAGCUUCUGGCGACACUCAACCGCCACAACAACCACCACCAUCACCACCUGCUUCGCCUGCACCUGACACUUCAGCUUCGCCACCGCCGCUGUCGCCGACGCCACCACUACCUUCGACUUCAACCACGCCAUCUCAGUCCCCGCCACCAACGACCACAACACCAUCUUCUCCUCCUCCAACCGCGCCGCCGCCGGUGCAACCGUCACCUACGCCGUCCGAACCACCGCCUCCUGCUUCACCUCCUGCUUCACCUGGAAACCCGCCUCCAAGAGCUCCUCCACCAACCCCGCCGCAAUCAGACCCUCCCCAAUCGCCACCACCAUCUCCGCCACCGCCAUCACUGGCCCCACCGAGAAGCUCUCCACCACCAUCGAAUCCCCCUCCCACGCCUCCAUCAGACCCUCCUAAGAGCACAUCUCCGCCGCGACAGUCACCGCCACCGGAGAAUUCACCACCCCCUGCUCCUUCUCCUCCAACAACAGCCGCGCCGCCACCACGAGGCUCCCCUCCCCCGCCACGGUCUGCACCACCACGGGGCUCCCCUCCCCCGCCACGGUCUGCGCCACCACCAAAAACUUCGCCUCCACCUCAACCAUCCGUGCCGCCUCCGGCGAAUUCCUCACCCCCAAGUCCCGCAUCUGUGCCGCCGCCAAGAUCAUCGCCAUCACCGGCAUCAACCCCUCCUCCCCAAAAUUCAUCUCCUCCUUCGACUUCCACGUCUCCUCCUCCUCCUCCCACAACACCUAGCACUCAACCGGCUCCUUCAAAUUUUCCACCUAGGUCAUCAUCAUCCCCACCAGCGCCAAAUCAGUUGGCGCCGCCUCCGGCAUCCAUUCUUACUCCACCUGGAAACGGAUCACAGACAGAGAAUUCAGGUCCUACAGCUGGAGGUGGUAAUGGAAUUGGUACCGCUGCAAUAGUGGCUAUCAGUGUAGUGGCGGGAAUUCUGCUGUUUGGGAUCAUUGGAGUUGCAAUUUGGUGCAUGAUAAAGAGGAAAAAGAAAAAGGUGCUGAGCAAUGGUGGUUACGUCAUGCCAACAACUCCUGCCUCAUCUCCUGAUUCAGAUUCCUCAUUCUAUAAGACGCAUUCUUCAGCUCCUCUUGUACAAAGCGGCUCUGGCAGUGAUGUUUUGUAUACACCAUCUGAUCCUGGUGGACUAGGCCACUCAAGGUCGUGGUUUUCGUAUGAAGAAUUAAUCAAGGCCACAAAUGGUUUCUCAACUGAAAAUCUCUUAGGCGAAGGUGGAUUUGGUUCCGUGUAUAAAGGAUACCUGCCGGAUGGGAGAGAGAUAGCAGUCAAACAGCUGAAAAUUGGUGGUGGUCAGGGAGAGAAAGAAUUCAAAGCUGAAGUCGAGAUUAUUAGUCGCAUACAUCAUCGUCAUCUGGUUUCACUGGUUGGAUAUUGUAUUCAAGAUACCAGAAGACUGCUUGUCUAUGACUAUGUCCCCAAUAAUACCCUUUAUUUUCAUCUACAUGGGGAUGGUAGGCCGGUGUUAGAGUGGGCAAACCGUGUUAAAAUUGCAGCUGGUGCAGCUCGAGGGAUAGCUUAUCUCCAUGAAGACUGUAAUCCUCGGGUUAUUCACAGGGAUAUCAAGUCAUCGAACAUUCUUUUAGAUUAUAACUUCGAAGCUAAAGUUUCAGAUUUUGGGCUAGCAAAAUUAGCCCUAGAUGCAAAUACACAUAUAACCACACGAGUCAUGGGAACUUUUGGGUACGUAGCCCCUGAAUAUGCAUCCAGUGGCAAAUUGACUGAGAAGUCUGAUGUAUAUUCCUUUGGGGUUGUGCUCUUGGAGCUCAUUACUGGGCGGAAGCCAGUAGAUACAUCUCAACCCUUGGGAGAUGAGAGUUUAGUUGAAUGGGCUCGACCAUUAUUGAGUCAUGUACUUGAUAGUGGGGAGUUGGGGAUUUUGACGGAUCCAAGGCUAGAAAAGAAUUAUGUUGAAAGUGAAAUUUUCUGUAUGAUAGAAGUUGCUGCAUCUUGCGUUCGACAUUCAGCUGCAAAGAGGCCUCGCAUGGGACAGGUUGUUAGAGCUUUUGAUAGCUUAGGAGCUUCUGACCUAACGAAUGGAUUGCGAGUUGGAGAAAGCGAGGCUUUUAACUCUGCGCAGCUAUCGGAAGAGAUAAGAUUGUUUAGGAGAAUGGCAUUUGGUGAUCAAAAUUAUAGCACCGAUUUCUUUAGCAAGGGUAGUUCAAAUACGUGAAAGGCACUAGCUACGCGGAGGCUUGAUUUUUGGACCAAAAUAACUUAGUCAAGUUAAGCCGAGGAAUGGCCAUGGCUGAAUAUAAUUGGAUGAAGAUGAUGGAUCAGCUAAGGUGCAUCAAUGCUUUUGGUUCUGGAAUUGGCUGCAUCAGUUUCACACUGUUGAAUCUGUGAUAGAAUUUCAUCAUUCUUUUAUCAUUGUUAGCUGUUCUUUGGCAGCAAUUUUGUUCCUGUAAUUAUCUGUAAAGAAGUCGCUUUUGUACGUAUUGAUCGUAGAGAAUAAAUUAAUUGAUUUUGUUACAUAGAAUCAUAAAAUAGAUGUGUAGCCUCUUCGGAUGCCCAAUGUAUAUGUUCUCUUGAAUUUCUAAGAAGAACGAACAUGAUGGAUCAAGAAGUUAUUGAUAAUUUAAAAUAUUUUAUUUUCGUUUUUAA